GUGUGUGUGUGUGUGCGCAUAUGCAAGUGUUUAAAAGGGUUAAAUUGAGAGAGCGUUUCUUUCCUAGAAAAGAUAAUCAAACCUAGGAGGAAGAAUAAAAAAAUAAAAAACACACCAGUGGCGCCUCCUUCCCCGGUUUGGCUUUGCAUUUAAAGUCCGCUGCAUAAACUUGAAGGAAGAGGGAAGCGAUCUUGGUGCAUUGAAAAGGUAAAAGCUUUGUGCCUAUGUCUUCAGGUACCGGUUGUUUAUUCUAGUGUUUUCUUCAGUCCAGCCCCACAUUUGUGACUUCACCCAAGGAUGAAAAUCGAAGAGCAGGACCCUGCAGGUUGCACACAAGGCGAGGCGUCAGAAGGAACAGGAAAAGCCCCAUACUUGGGCAUCGUAGGUUGCAAGAUGGGCAUGGAGGGAGCGGUGCAUUCUGGGAGUACCGGGGAGAUCCUCAGAAGGUCAGUCUUGCAUCAGGUGAAGGAGGAGCCGGAAGAAGCCUUGACCCAGCAUUGGGAAGCCCAAUGGCAGACGUUCCUAGGAACAGUGGAGGCCCCUCACUUGGGCCGGGGGGCCCCACAGGUGCCAGAGGAGCCCACCCCCUGGGUGGACACGAAGGCCUUCCUCACCUCCUUUGAGCAAGUGGCCGAAGCCUGCCGGUGGCCCCAGGAAGAGUGGGCGGCCCGCCUCCAGCCGGCCCUCAGCGGAGAAGCCGAGCGGGCCUUUCGAAGCCUGGAGGCUGGAGACAGAGAGGAUUAUGGGGAAGUGAAGGCGGCCAUCUUGCGAGGGGAUGCCAUCGGAAGGGAGAAGCUGCGCCAACGCUUCCGGGGCUUCCGCUACCAGGAGGCCGAGGGGCCCAGAGGGGCCUACACCCGGCUGCAGGAGCUUUGCUCCCGGUGGCUGAAGCCGGAGAGGCACACCAAGGAGCAGAUCCUGGAGCAGCUGAUCCUGGAGCAGUUCCUGACCGUCCUUCCGCCGGAGAUCCAGAGCAGGGUGAGGAAUUGCGGCCCGGAGACCUGCUCCCAGGCGGUGGCCCUGGCCGAGGGGUUCCUCCUGAGGCAGCAGGAGGCCAAGGAAGAGCAGGUCACCUCAGAAGAGGCAGCUGUGAGCUUUUCUGAGGGACGCUGGGCUCCACCUCCCAUGAAGGAGAAACAUCUGUAUGUAGAAACCAAGCAAGAAGAUGGAGAUGCCAGCCUGUUGAUAGGAAAAGAGCGGAUGACCACAGAUGAGGAGGAGGAGAAAUAUGUACCAGGCAGUUCGGAACUGGUGGGACCGCAGGGGACGUUGACCUGGAAAGUGGAAGAGGAACUUCCUCUGUGUUGUGAGCCUGAAAAUGUCUUGGCAAGUCAGGAUGGAGCAAGGUGUCAGCAGGAAACCCACCCAGUGGAGGGAGCUGUUGGAGCCGCUCCUUGUAGGGAAGGUCACGAGGCCCCCAGGGAAACCACAGUCCAGGCAGGAGGAUCUCUGAUCCCCAAACCAAACCUCAUUUCCUGGCUGGAAGAAAGCGAAGAUCCCUUUGCUCAAAGCAGUGAGGGAGGAGAGGGAUUAGCAGAAAGCAGCUUGCGGGAGAUUGAGGACGAGACCGAAAUAUGUGGGACGUCAUUAGGAUGUAAAGAGAAACUCCAGGAUCAAAGUGAUUCAGAGAUGCAGGAGGGGGAGGCUCAGGCGGAGGGUAAGGCUAAACCUGCUACUUGUCAGGGCAUGGACCUGAAAGAAAUCCCAACCCGGCAGGAAAAACACAGAGAAACGAGAAGCGCCAAGUGCCUCUGUGCUCCCACCCAGGAGAAACCAAAUAAAAACUUGAGGGUUGGAAAAAGCUUGGCUCAGCAUCAAAGACACCGUGAUGGGGAAGUGCCAUAUAAAUGCCUGGACUGUGGAAAGAGCUUCAACCACAAAUCGAACCUGAUUUCACAUCAGAGAAUCCACAGGCGGGGAAAACUCUACAAUUGCUCAAACUGCAGCAAAACUUUCCUCCACAAAUCGAUUCUUAGCCGGCAUUUGAGGAUGCACACAAGGCAGAAGCCGUUCAGCUGUGCCGACUGCGGCAUCAGCUUGAGCGCUCAGUCCAGCCUCACUCGGCACCAGAGGAUCCACACGAGGGAGAAGCCCUACAAGUGCUUGGAGUGCGAGAAGAGCUUCAGCCAGAACUCGGACCUUCUGAGGCACCAGAGACUCCACACAGGGGACAAACCAUACCAAUGCUCCGAGUGCGGGAAGAGCUUCAGCCGGGGGGACUGUCUGGCUUCGCACCAGAAAAUCCACACGGGGAAAGGAACUAUGCUUCUGCUCUGCCCCGCCCACCAUUGGCAUGUGGCCCCCGGAAGGCUGCCCACAAGGGAAUACGGCCCUCGAGCUCCCCACCCCGUAAAAGGGAAACAUGCUUAUCAGACCGUCUGCAAAUGCAUCAAAGGGUUAAAGUGA